AUGGGCUGCCGCCACGGACAAGCCGUCAACACUUCGCUCCAUCAGGAUGGAAGCCCAAAACCACCAGAGACACUUUCGACCUUAGAAAGGCUGGCACUGGCAACAGGAGGGACAGAGAAGUCAUGGAACCGGUGCAUCUUCCCAUUUGGGAUCAUCUCGUUGGUCAUCGGGAUUGCUGGUACCGGAGUGACUUUCUACUUCAACAAUAUGCAGCUGUCCAAAGUAAUAUCCAUAGUUCUCCUGGCAGUGGGGUUGGCAUUGGUGGCAUUUGCCUGCUGGCGCCUCUACAAGAAAAAGACGAGAAGAAAGGAAGCGAACUCCUUCAGCUCGGAGCAGUGCGCUCUGUGA